CACCUGUCUGCUCGCGCCGCUCUUUCAAAUCAACUGGUGGUUGAGGUCGGUGCUUUUUGCCGUGACGGCACACGCUGGUCACGGAGAUACAGUGUGACAGCGACUGAUCAUGAAGGACCGGACUCAUGAACUUAGACACGGAAAAGACCUUCAAGAGGAGGAUGAGGUGGUUGUAGACAUGAGGAAUGGAUUCAUGGAUGACUUCUUCCAGCAGGUGGAGGAGAUUCACGACUUCAUCGGCUCUUUGUCUGAGAAGGUGGAGGAGGUGAAGAGGAACCACCGAUCAGUCCUCCCUGAUGAGAAAACAAAGGCGGAGCUUGAGGAGCUGAUGAUUGACAUUAAGAAACUGGCCAAUCAGAUUCGCGCCCAGCUGAAGAGUAUUCAGCAAACUAUUGAGCUGGAAGAAGGUCUGAACUUAUCAUCAGCAGACCUGAGGAUUCGCAAAACCCAGCAGGCAACACUGUCCCGUAGGUUCGUGGAGGUGAUGUGUGUGUACAACGCCACACAGUCAGAGUAUCGCGAGCGCUGCAAGAACCGUAUCCAGCGGCAACUAGAAAUCACUGGCAGGAACACUACAAAUGACGAGCUUGAGAUCAUCUUGGAGAGCGACAAUCCUGCCAUAUUCACCACAGGGGUCAUCAUGGACUCCAUCUCCCAGCAGGCAGUGUGUGAGAUCAACACUCGACACACAGAGAUCAUCCGGCUGGAGAACUGCAUCAGAGAACUCCACGACAUGUUCAUGGAUAUAGCCAUGAUGGUGGAGAACCAGGGGGAGCUGGUGAACAACAUUGAGCAGAACGUGAGCAGCGCGCAGGACUACGUGGAGACGGCCAAGCAGCACACCAAGCAGGCCGUGAUGAUACGCAGGGGGGGACGCAAGGUUCACACACACACGCACGCACGCACGCACGCACGCACGCACGCACGCACACACACACACACACACACACACACACACACACACACACACACACACACCAAGCAGGCCGUGAUGAUACGCAGGGGGGGACGCAAGAAGAUGCUGCUUAUUGGAGGAUGUGUUGCUGUCACUUUGACUGUUCUCAUCAUUGGAUUGGCUAUAGGCCUCAGUUAGACCCGCCCCAAUUCAUCCCACCCUCCUACACUCCACCCUCUGGUGGUUAGGACUAAUUUACUGUCUCCUGCUGAACACGAGCUACGCAGGAGAGGCAGCUACAGGAGAGACCUGCUGUGCAAGAGAGACCAGCUGCAGCUGUGCAGGAGAGACC